AUGGCACAAAGUCGGAUUUGGGACCUCGUCAAGACCCAAUGCCGCAUCUUCUCUCUCAACUACAAUCCGGACCGCCUGCGAUUGGGAAACAAGAUUUUAAGACAGCGCCUACGUGGUCCUACCCUCGCAUCAUGGUAUCCCAAGCAGACGGUGUCCUUCCGCCAGUUGCAAAAUAGCUAUAAACAGUUCGGAUUGACCACCUUUGAUGAAGCUGAAGACGACAGAGAAGAAGCCAUUCAAGUUGCCAAGAUGAGAGGAAAGGGUCGACCGAAGAAGAAGCGAACUGCCGCAGAAUCGAGAUCUGCCAAGAAGAAGAAAUGA